GGUUGAUAAGGCUCAGCAGGCUAGGCUCGUUCGCCCAGCUGCUUUUCCGCGUCGGUGGCCGAGAUGUCGGUCUUAAUGCACGCCUGCACUUUGGUGGUAAAAAUCCUCAUCCUGCCGCUGCAUCUGGUGGACCUGCUGGGUCUGUACCGAUUCUACAAGCGCGUGUUUCCUGUCCUCAUGUACAAUAUUAGUUUCUCGUACAACAGCAAGAUGAACGAGAAGAAGCGCGAGCUGUUCCGCGAGCUGCUGCGCUUCUCUCCGCGCGACGGGCCGCUGCGUCUGCUGGAGGUGGGCUGCGGCAGCGGGGCCAACUUCCAGCACUACCCGAGCGGCUGCAAGAUCACCUGCACCGACCCUAACCCUCACUUCAAGGAAUACCUGCAGAAAAGCAUGGACAAGAACGACCACCUGGUGUACGAGAACUUCGUAGUGGCACCUGGGGAGGACCUGAGUGUCGUAGAGGACAACUCUAUGGACGUGGUGGUCUGCACGCUCGUUCUGUGCUCGGUUAAAAACACUCCUAAGGUUAUCAAGGAGGCCACAAGAGUCCUGAGACCGGGUGGAGCGUUCUUCUUCUUGGAGCAUGUGGAGGCCGACUCCUCGACCUGGAUAUACUUCUUUCAGCAUGUUUUCCAGCCUUUCAUGUACUACUUUGGUGAUGGCUGUGAGACUACUCGUGCCACCUGGAAGCACCUAGAGGCAGCUGGCUUCUCCGACUUGCAGCUUCGCCACUUUCAGGCUCCAGUGUUCGCCCUCAUCAGACCACACAUUGUUGGUUAUGGUGUGAAAUAAUGGCAGCACAAACCUUCAGUGCCAUGGCUGAGUGGAUUAUCAGAUAUUUUUAUAUCACAUCUAUUUUAGUCACAAGAGUACUUCUAAAGUAAUAUUUAUAACUUGAAUCAGUAAAAAUGUCUUUAUAAAUGUGACACUUUCUUAUGCAAUUAUAUAAUAAACUAAGGUAUUUCAUGAGAUUUAUGUAAAAGUAUUACCCUUAUAGGCCCUGAAACAUGUAUUCAAGAUUUGUAAUGCAUUUCAUGGAAGCUUGAAAGACUAAGAUGUCUGCGUGAUCGACUACUAAUAUGUAGUAUUUCAUGGGAUUUGUGUAAAAGCAUUUCCCUUAUAAGCCUUACUUGAGGCAUGUAUUCAAGAUUUGUAAUGCAUUUCACUUAAUUUUGAAACCGGAAAUACCACCAAGUCCAGUCUGAAGUUUUGAAAUCUGUUUUGGUGUGUGAGAGAUUAUGAAAGAGUCAUAGUGCCAUCUAGUGCCCAGGAGGCAUAACUGUGAACUUCCAGAUAACUGUUGCAGCAAAGAACAGCACACAAAUUUAAAUACCUUUGAUGGAAUGCUGUGCUUACUGUAUGUAAGGCAGUGCUAUUUUUACAGAUGCUCACCACAGAUAGUGAUCCCUCAUUAAAUCAGUACAGCUUUUAAGUGUAGCAAGGAAUAAUUUGGUAAACAUGUAAGCAGACGAAAUGUUUACAUUUUUCAUUGAAUUAAACAUUUAUUUUACCUUGUUAGACCCCUGAGGUUAAAAACUCUUUUCCAAGAUCAAUGUGGCCAAUCAGCACAUACAGUUACAAACACAACCCUAAAAGACUAGUAACAUCAGUGCAGUCCUCUCUUUAAUACCUAUAUUCAGUGCUUCAGUACUGUUUGCUGCUUUAAUAAGUGCAGUACUGUGCUGCUUCCUGAAAACUAGAAGUUAGAUAAAAUAUAAUUUGAUCAUUUUUUAUAAGCCUUUUACAGUUUUUUAUGAUUGCUCGCAAACAUUUUCACUUUUUCAACACAGCACAGCACCACUCUAUUUGGACUAAACCAUUAACUCUUCUCUCUGCUUGAAUAAAAUAUACAACUCCA